AUGGCUACUAUUACUAAAUUGACUACGUUAGCCAUCCUACUAAGUACUGCCUAUGCUGGAAUUCUUCAUGGUCACGAUCAUUCCCAUGACCACUCUCAUGACCUCCACGAUCACGGGCAUGGUCACCAUGAAUUCCACGAUCACGGACAUGGUCACCAUGACUUCCACGACAAUUCCUAUGACCACGGGCUACCACCUGCACCACUCCCACACUUAUCAGCACCAAGUGGUUUAGCUGACAGUUUCGCUCCAAGCUCUUUUCCAGCUGGAUCUUUACCAUCUGCGACUUACUCGAGCGGUGGGUUCAACAGUGGAAGCUUUUCGGGAUACAACUCCGGUUUUGGUGCUGGUGGACUCACUGACGCAAAUAUUGGAUCUGGCUUUGGAUCUAGCCUAUCCGGCUCCGGUUUCGGCUCAGGCUUGUCAGCUCCUGGAUUAGGUUUAGGAGCAUCCGGAUAUCCUGGAGCCUCGAUAUCAGGACCAGCCAUUGUACCCCCGAUAGUUUCCGGCGCUGCAUUACCUGGAGCUGGCCUGAGCGGCCAACCUGCGCCUCUUGGCCCGAAAGCUCCAGUGAUUGACGAAAUUCAUGGCUUAGCUAACAACAACGGCGCUCCAACUCAAUACCGUGUACGCGAAGAAACCUACCAAGUAUUUAGGGACGUUCACCACAGGGUCCCACAGCCUGUUCCAGUUCCAGUUCCCCAGACCGUGCAGAUUCCAGUGCCUCAGCCCUACCCCGUUCAAGUUCCCGUCGUUAGGAACGUACCAGUCCCGGUCGUUAAGAUUCAGCACGUGAAAAUCGACAAACCUGUGCCAUACCCAGUGGAGAAGAUAGUUAAGAUACCAGUUGAGAAGGUAGUAGAGGUUCCAGUAGACCAUCCAGUCCCAGUUGAGAAGGUUGUCGAGGUUCCAGUUGUGAAACUAGUCAAGGUUCCCGUUCAUGUGGUUAAGUCUUACGCAGUGCCCGUUGUCAAGACCGUCCACCACAAAGUCCACGAGAGCCACGGACACGGCCACAGUUACCACGGCCACAGUCACGGUCACAGCUUCCACGGUCACAGUUUCGGCCACGACCACGGCCACGGCUGGUCCCAAUGGUGA